CGUAGCCCAUGUUCCGGGCGGAGUCUGUAUUUGCGGAGCCGCCUGUGCUCCUCCCCGGCCCCGCGAGUCGCCCGGCGGCGGCACUGCUUCGGGAUGAAGCGGGAGGCCGGAUCGGGGCGCGGGUGAGCGGGCAUCGGCAGGCCGGGUCCCAACCGCAACAACCCAGGGCCUGAGCUGGCACUGUGGCUGGGAGCCAGUGGGGAGGUGAAAGUGACGGGGAGCCAUGGGCCAGUGGGCAGCCUGCUUCGUCCAGACAGCGACCUGCAUGGUGACCCUGCUGACCGCCGCAGCCGGGCCCCAGGCACGAAAGCAAACAUCCGCCUUUGGUGGGAAGCCGUUUGUGACUGUGUGGAACGCUCCGACCCACGACUGCAUCCGAUACUCCAUCUCCCUUGACCUUGCUGUCUUUGACGUUGUGUCCUCGCCCAACGAGGGCUUCUAUGACCAGCAGCUCACCAUCUUCUACAAGGAGCGCCUGGGCAGGUACCCCUACUUCGAGGGGCAGAGCCCGGUGAACGGGGGCUUGCCGCAGAAUGGCAGCCUGCUCCAGCACCUGCAGCAGGUCCGCACCGACAUCGACCGCUACAUCCGCUCCCACCACAGGGAAGGGCUGGCCGUGAUCGACUGGGAGGAGUGGCGGCCACUCUGGAUCCGCAACUGGAAGGGGAAGCAGAUAUACCGUAACAGAUCGCUGGCCCUGGUGUCUGAGCGCCACCCACACUGGAACCAGGCAACCAUCAACCGCCAAGCGCAGUUUGAGUUCGAGCAGUCGGCGCAGAACUUCAUGGUGAAGACACUACAGGAGGGCCGCAACGCUCGGCCCCGCAGCCUCUGGGGUUUCUAUCUGUUCCCCGACUGCUACAACCACGACUACAAAACCAAUGCAGCCAACUACACCGGCCGCUGCCCCGACGUCGAGAUCUCUCGCAACGACCUGCUGGCGUGGCUGUGGAGAAACAGCACUGCCAUCUACCCGUCCAUCUACCUGGACCACAGCCUCCGGUCCUCAGCCAGUGCCGUCAAGUUCGUUCGCUCCCGGGUCCGUGAGGCGCUGCGCGUCGCCCAGCUUCACAGCGCCAACUACUCGCUGCCCGUCUUCGUGUACUCGCGGCCCACGUAUACCUACACGGUGCAGCUGUUGACCGAGCGGGACCUGGUGACCACCGUUGGGGAGACUGCGGCAUUGGGCGCAGCUGGAAUUAUCUUCUGGGGCGACACCGACUAUAGCAACAGUGCGGAACACUGUCAGAUGAUGAAGCGUUAUGUGGAAGGAGUCUUUAGCCGUUACCUGCUGAAUGUCAGCACAGCGACUAGUUAUUGCAGUCAGUACCUGUGUGCGGGCCACGGGAGAUGUGUGCGCCGGGACAGUGAGGCUGAGACUUACCUGCACCUCAGCCCAGACAGUUUCCAGAUCGAGGAGAGCCCUGGCGAGGCCAGGCUCCGUGUCACUGGGGACCUGACUCACAGUGACAAGCUGCGAUUUCAGGAAGACUUUGAAUGCCACUGCUUCCGGGGCUGGUCAGGUCAGCGGUGUGGCACUGGACAGAGCACUGGGCCACGAAUCCUGCCCUGCGCUCUCUGCGCUCUCGGCCCUCUCUUCUCUCUGGUGCUUGUUCUGCUCCUGUGAUGACAGUUUGCAGGGAGCAUCCGCCCUCCUCCCCUCUCCAGCUGCUGUUCGCUCUGCAGGGAAGCUGUUUCACAUCCAAAGAUUUCUAUGAGUAUCAGGUGCUGUGGUGGCCACAGUAACCGGUGGUUACUGGGAGACAGUGAUGGAAUCACUGCUGCCCCUCGUUGCCCCAUCGAAGGGGGUGCAACUUUGAUCAGUGUUAAUCACUUUACUGAAGCCAGGAUCUUACUGCCAAGGACACGGACUGGGUGACGGGUGACCAUGUGCUGUCGGUGUUAAUGACGGCCACGCUGAUGAGGCCUACAGCUGCUGAAACACUCGGAACCGGUUUAUUAUUGUCACAUGUAUGUAUAUGUUAUCAUAUACUACUCAGAGAUCCAAUUUCUUGCAGGCAUUUACAGGGAAAUAAAGAAAUAUAAUAUAAUUUAUGAAAAACUAUACAUAAGCCUAGGCUGCCAAACAAUCAAUGUGCAAAAGACAAACUGUGCAAAUAAAAGUCUGUAACUCGAGUCUCUCUUCCAAGCAAGAGGACACUGAAGGAAAGAG